UUGAUGACAACAGGGACACACCGAAUCGAAAACGGUGUCUCAUCGAGGCAGAAAAGGUAUGUUAUUGUGUACAGUAGGCUGUACACCUACCUGUCAUGCCCAAGUACAUUUUGUUAAAUCGCAGUUUUUGGACGGAAAUGUGCGUCAUGUCGGGCUCUGAAGUUGAUUCAGGUAAGUCACGUAUGUAGAAACCGUGUGACUGGCGGUAUUUCUGUAAAAUUAUAGAGGGGUCAGCGUGUAAGGUGGGCCUGGCUGUUUUUUAGUCCCCAAAUGAAAUGAUCCCCACCCCAAAAAACGUGUUUUCUCAAUCAAUUUUUAAUGAGAAACACACUAAACUGCAUUUGUCCCACUUGCUGUUCACCUACCCCUCGACCUUAAACCACGCCUGCACGCAGUUUUAACCGUCGGAGGAUGGGCGGUGUCACUUUGAAAGCAUUCACUUCUCUGGAUACAUCACUUUAAUAUUUCCUGCAGGGAGCUUAAAGCUGAGCGCUUCUUCUCUUCUAACUGAUCAUCUGCAAUGGCAUUAAUUGGUAAAACCGCAGUAGUGACUGGAGCAGCGAUGGGAAUAGGAAAAGCAAUGACGGAAAUACUCCUGAAAAACGGUGCCAAGGUUGUCCUCUUGGAUGUGAAUGAAACUGCAGGAAAGGAUUUAAAAGAAGCCCUCGAUAAAGAAUAUGAACAGGAGAGGACUUUGUUCCUGAACUGUAAUGUUGAAUCAGAGGAGCAGUUUAAAGCUGCCUUGCAGAGAAGCGGCGAAACAUUUGGAGGAAUAGACAUCCUGUGCAACAACGCUGGCAUCAUGAAUGAGGCCAUGUGGGAGAAAACGGUCUCCAUAAACCUAAUGGGUGUUAUCAGGGGGACUUACCUGGCUCUGGAGCACAUGAGCAAGUUGAGUGGAGGUCGGGGAGGGGUCAUCGUCAACACUGCGUCUGUGGCAGGUUUUGGUCCCCUACUAAGCUGUCCUGUCUAUACAGCAACUAAGCAUGGAGUGGUCGGCUUCACUCGAGCCAUGGCGGGUGCCUCUACCGUAUCAGGUUACGGUAUACGGUUCAAUGUCGUUUGCCCGAGUUUCAUCCAAACUGAGCUCUUCUCCAGUAUUCCAUCCAAAUUGGGGCAAUUCAUCCACCUGGCUCCUGCAACCCAAGCAGUGGUAGAUAAGUACGGGAUGUUAAAUGUGUCUGAGGUGGCCGAGGCCCUGCUGGAGCUGGUGACUGAUGAGACGAAGAAUGGACAGGCCCUGAUGGUGACCCCGAAAGGAAAGCAAUAUAUGGCUUUUCCUUCAUUCAACUCGUAGCUCUCUGCAGUGACAAACCUCAAGAGUACUAGAUCUUGUUUCUCUGUGCUUUAAUAUGCCUUAAGUGCCUCUGUGUAAAGCAGACAAGGAUGUUUAGCUCACAUGUUUAAGUCAACACGUGAGGUCUAAGCAAGAGGUUCUCAAUUUUAUUCUCCUUUAUCUCAAAAGAUAGGUGACCCCCUCAUGUAUGUCUCUUGUAGUAAUAUGAUGAAGCCUAUUUGUUACACUUCUAUACUUUUACUUAUGUUAAAGAAGAACAUAUGAAUAUUAUUAAUAUAUCUUCAAAUGUAUUAGAGAGAUAUUACAGAUGUGAGUUAACUCUAAGAGUUAUACAUUUGUUAAUUUGAAACUGUUAUUAAUGUCAAAAUUAAAAUAUUAUCUGUUGA